AUGGCAUUUCUAAAACCAUUCAUAGUGUUCACGAUUAUAGCUUGCGGGCUGGAAGCUACGGAGUUGACCGUCAAUGAUCAGGGAACGAAGUGCACUUUCCAUUGCAAAGCUCUAAAUGACGUGUCUAAGACACAAGCAGCUUGCGGUAAAGUGACGGAGCGGGACGCACACCAAAAUCCAAUCAAAUGGAAUUUGGUACCCGCACACCCAACAGAUGGCCAUCUCGGCUAUUACAAUUGCAUCGGUACCAACAUGGCUUUCAGCACUUGUUGCAAACCUGGCACCGUUCCAAAAGAGGGAAAGAGCUUUGACGCUGGAACCGACCACUCACAAUACGCGCAUACAUGCGAAAACACAACUCCCGAUCGCAUGAACUUGCCAUCGACCUGCAAGUUAUGA